AUGGUCGCCGUCUUCAACAAGGACGUCCUCAGCUGGUACCUCAUCACGCUCAAGCUCAAGGAGACCGUCGACGCCAACCUCAACAAGUCCCCGUCGCCGUUGCCGCACUGGCAGGCGCUCCCCCGCAGCCUGCUCGUCGCCAACGGCACGCCGGGGGCAGCGGAGACGUUGACGCGCCAGGACCGGGACCAGCAGGCCGCGGCCCCGGCGCAGUCGUCGCCGGCGCACAGCCCCAAGCCGCAGGACCCGGAAUGGGUGGUGACCAUCCGCGGGAAGCUGGCGCAGGCGCGCGCGGAGGAGGCGGCGUGCCCGUGGGCGCGGCUCUCCGUGUACCGCGUGCCCAAGUCGCUCCGCGAGGGCGACGAGCGCGCCUACAUGCCGCAGGUGGUGUCCAUCGGCCCGCUCCACGCCGGCAAGCGGCGGCUGCGCGAGAUGGAGCGCCACAAGUGGCGCGCGCUGCACCACGUGCUCAAACGCACGGGCCACGACGUCACCGCCUACCUCGACGCGCUGCGGCCCAUGGAGGAGCGGGUGCGGUCCUGCUACGACGGCCGCGUCGCAUGGAUGCCGGCCAACGACUUCGCGCAGUGCCUGGUGCUGGACGGGACCUUCGUGCUGGAGCUGUUCCGCGGCGCGCUGGACGGCGCCAAGGGGUUCGUGGACGACCUGGGCUACUCGCGGCACGACCCCGUCUUCGCCAUGCGCGGCGCCAUGCACGCCAUCCGUAGCGACAUGAUCCUGCUGGAGAACCAGAUACCGCUGUUCGUGCUGGACCUGCUGCUCGGGAUCCAGCUGGGCCACCCGGAGCAGACGGGGGCCGUGGCCAGCCUCGCCGUGCGCUUCUUCGACCCGCUGAUGCCGACGGACACGCCGCUGCACCGGAAGGACCGGUUCAAGCUUGAGUCCUCCGUGGACGCCGACGCGGCGGCCGCGGCGGCGUUCGACCCGCUGUCAAACCCGAUGCUGCACUGCCUGGACGUGUUCCGGCGCAGCCUCCUCCGCGCAGGGAUGCAGCCCACCCCGCCGCCGGCGGCGCGGCUGUGGCUGAAGAAGUGGUCGGGGCUGCGGCGCGUGGCCGACAAGCGGCGGCAGCAGUUCGUGCACUGCGUGUCGGAGCUCCGUGAAGCCGGCAUCCGGUGCCGGCGGCGGCGCAACACGGACCGGUUCUGGGACAUCCGGUUCGACAAGGGGGUGCUCCACAUCCCGCGGAUCCUGAUCCACGACGGCAGCAAGGCGCUGUUCCUGAACCUGAUCGCGUUCGAGCAGUGCCACAUGGACAUCGCGACGCCGGGCGGGAACAACAUCACCUCCUACGCCAUCUUCAUGGACAACCUGAUAAACUCGGCGGAGGACGUCAAGUACCUGCACGACCGGGGCAUCAUCGAGCACUGGCUGGGCAGCGACGGCGAGGUGGCGGAGCUGUUCAACCGGCUGUGCCUGGAGGUGGUGUUCGACAUCAACGACAGCUACCUCUCCGGGCUGUCGGACCAGGUGAACCGGUACUACGACCACAAGUGGAGCACCUGGGUGGCCAGCCUGCAGCACAACUACUUCACCAACCCGUGGGCCAUCGUCUCCGUCGUCGCUGGCGUCUUCCUCCUGCUGCUCACCAUGAUGCAGACCUUCUACAGCGCAUACAGCUACUAUCGACCGCCCGCCUAG